AUGAGGAUUAACUUCGUAAAAAAGAUUCUUACUGGAAAGUACGGAACCGUCGCGAAGCCGGAUAAAGUUUUUCCCGUCGUCGAGGACUUUCUGAGGCUGACUACGAUUUUCUUUUAUUCUAUGGGCGUGGAUCCCUACGAAUCGGAACAGAAGCCCAGCAUCGGAUUCCAGUUGUACCUUGUGUUCCACAUAAUCAACCUUGGCUUUGUGUGGGUUUCAAUGAUGGUGUUUGUUGUAAACUCAAUGGGACCCAAUGCGGAUUUUCUCAAGCUUUCCAUGGUGGUCGGUUAUAUCACUUUCGGCAACGUGGGCGUCCUGAAAAUAAUAGUUGUUCAGUUGCAAAAGGGAAAACUGAGCAGCCUGGUGCGGCAUAUGAAGUUGCUAUUUCCACCGCCCAUCGAAAAGGAGCAUGAACAGUAUGCUGUGAGGCACUAUCUAAAGUUUUGCAACCUUAUCUCAAAGGGUUUUGCGUCUCUUCUAACGGCUAUGGUAACUACCAACAGCAUGUCCGCAAUGGCACAGUACGUCAUCCAAAGAUGGUGGCUUCAUUCGCCGAAUGCCGAGUUAACCCUGCCCUUUGUACCAAUGGCCCCUUGGAAUUGGCGAGGCAGCUGGAGAUUCUGGCCGACCUAUUUGCUUCAGUCCAUUGCCUCUUACACUUGCACCUGCGGCUAUAUAUCCGCCGAUCUUAUGAUGUUCGCCGCCGUCAUCCAGGUCAUCAUGCAUUUCGAUAGAUUGGCCAGGACUCUCAGGGAAUUCAAAGUUCGGAAUCGGAAUCGAAAUCGAGACCAUCGCAAUGCCAGUGGAGCUGAAGAGGAUUUGAAGGAGUUGAGAUCCCUGAUCGCCUACCACAAUCAAGUGCUGGAACUCACGAACGUUAUGAACGAUGUCUUUGGAGUUCCGUUGUUGCUGAACUUUAUCAACUCCUCGCUGCUCGUUUGCAAUGUGGGCUUUCAGUUGACCAUCGGCUUUAGUUUGAAGUAUAUCGGAAGACAGGUGUUGAUCAUACUUUCGGCUCUUGUGGAGAUCUACCUCAUCUGCUUCUUUAGCCAGAUGCUAAUUAAAGCGAGUAAUAACGUUAGCUUUGCUGUCUACGAAAUGAAUUGGUUCGAGUCCGAUGCUCGAUUCCGGAAAAUGUUACUUUUAAUGGCGAUGCGAGCCCAAAAGCCCGUCUGCCUGAAGGCCACUGUAUUUCUGGAUGUGUCCAUGGAGACCAUGAGCGCUGCAAGUCUCCAGAAUUUGUAG